GAGCGGCGUGGCUGACAGCGACAGCAGUUGAGGAGAAAACCCCGUGAGGCGACAGAAACGUGCUCAAUGCAUCUUCCCCAGAGGGAUUGAACAGGAGGAGGCACCCCUGAGGACAAGCCGAGCCCCGAGACUUUUUACUCUAUUUAUUCAUUAUUUAUUAUGUAUUUAUUUAAUAUGGGGCGCGUCAUCCUGCUGACUCUUGCCGUCAUGUCCAUGUUGCUGUGCCAGGGGUUUUGUUCGGGAGUGUUUGAGCUGAAGUUGCAGGAGUUCCUGAACAAGAAGGGAGUACAGGGCAACAAAAACUGCUGUAAGGGGGGCCUGACUUCGGCUUUCCAGCAGCAGUGCGAAUGUAAAACCUUCUUCAGGAUCUGUCUCAAGCACUACCAGCCCAACGCCUCCCCGGAGCCUCCGUGCACCUACGGCGGCGCUGUGACUCCCGUGCUCGGCUCCAACUCGUUCCAGGUCCCCGAUGUCAUCCCGGAGAGUUCCUUCAGCAACCCCGUCAGGAUUAACUUCGGCUUUACGUGGCCGGGGACCUUCUCGCUGAUCAUUGAGGCAUUACACACCGACUCCAAAGACGACAUCUCCACAGAUAAUCCAGACCGCGUUAUCAGCACCAUGACCACCCAGAGGCAUCUGACGGUGGGAGAGGACUGGUCCCAGGACCUGCACACAGGCGGCAGGACGGAGCUCAAGUACUCGUACCGCUUCGUGUGCGACGAGCACUACUACGGGGACGGCUGCUCGGUGUUCUGCCGGCCGAGAGACGACGCCUUCGGCCACUUUACCUGUGGAGAGCGCGGGGAGAUUGUGUGCGACUCCGGGUGGAAGGGGCAUUACUGCACAGAACCGAUUUGCCUGCCAGGCUGCGACGAAGAGCACGGCUUCUGUGAGAAACCUGGAGAGUGCAAGUGCAGAGUGGGAUUCAAAGGCCGCUACUGCGACGAGUGCAUUCGUUACCCGGGCUGCCUCCACGGGACCUGCCAGCAGCCGUGGCAGUGCAACUGUCAGGAGGGCUGGGGGGGACUCUUCUGCAACCAAGAUCUCAACUACUGCACUCACCACAAGCCCUGCAUGAAUGGAGCCACUUGUAGCAACACCGGUCAGGGCAGCUACACCUGUUCCUGCAGGCCCGGCUUCACUGGGGCCAGCUGUGAGAUCCAGGUCAACGAAUGCGCUGGAAACCCCUGUCGCAACGGAGGAAGCUGCGCCGAUUUGGAAAACACAUAUACCUGCACUUGCCCUCACGGUUUCUAUGGCAACAACUGCGAGCUGAGUGCCAUGACGUGUGCCGACGGGCCCUGCUCCAACGGCGGCCGCUGCGCCGACAACCCUGACGGAGGCUACUUCUGCCAGUGCCCCACGGGGUACGCGGGGUUCAACUGCGAGAAGAAGAUUGACCACUGCACCUCGGGCCCCUGCUCCAAUGGCGCACGCUGCGUGGAUCUCGUCAACUCGUACCUGUGUCAGUGCCCGGAGGGUUUCACUGGCAUGAACUGUGACCACACCGGGGACGAGUGCUCCAUGUACCCUUGCCAAAACGGAGGCACGUGCCAGGAAGGUCUCGACGGUUACACCUGCACCUGCCCACCGGGGUACACCGGCCGCAACUGCAGCUCGCCCAUCAGCCGCUGUGAACACAACCCCUGCCACAACGGCGCCACCUGCCACGAGAGAAACAGCCGCUACGUCUGCGCGUGCGUUCCCGGCUACGGCGGCAGAAACUGCCAGUUCUUGCUUCCGGAGCACGCCGCCAUCCGCGGGUCGGACGUGCCCUGGAUGGCCGUGGGCUCCGGCGUGGCCCUGGUGCUGCUGCUGCUGGCCGGAUGCGCCGUGCUUGUUGGAUUUUUCCGCUCAAAAGCGCAGCGUGGUGGUCAAAUGGAAACCGCCGGCGAGGGAGAGACAAUAAAUAACCUGACUAACAACUGCCACCGCAGUGACAGGGACCCGGCGGUCAGCGUGUUGCCCACACCGGGCGUCAAAAACAUCAACAAGAAGAUGGACUUCUGCAGCGGCGAUCCCGACGAAGGAUCUUCACCAGAGAGGAGCAGCUACAAGAGCCGCCAUCCGCCCGCGGACUACAACCUCGUACACGAGGUCAACUACGAGCAGGCGGCUAAAGAGGCCAUGCUGGAGGCGGCCCGCGAAGACAAGUGCCAAUCCCUGGACUCCUUUGAGUUCGAGGAGAAACGCAGCAAACGUUUAAAAUGCGAUGCAUCAGAAAAGAGAGCCCCAGAAAUGUCUGCAUGUGCGGACACCAAGUACAAAUCUGUGUUUGUGAUGUCAGAGGAAAAGGACGAAUGUAUAAUUGCAACUGAGGUGUAACGAGCCACCAAUGGGCUGCCCGUUGCUUAUUUGCUCUAUGGGAGAGUUUUUAUACUCCUUCAGAUGCUGCUCUAACCCUAGGGGGAGGUGUCCCGCCUUGAGACUGCUGCUGAUACUGAGACGUUUAACUGAUAUUCAGAGUGAGCUGGUUCUCUACUGGAAAAUAAGCGCAGGCAGCGGCGGCCUGUGGGAUAAGAACUGGCGGGGUAAAGAAAAUAAAACUGCCACUUAGCUUUCUGUUCUGCCUUUUAUCGGGGAGUGGGGGUAAAAAAUAAAUAAUAAUAAAAAAAAAAACAUAUAAACGGACACUGUCUCGUGGUGAUUAUGCGCGACGCUACGAUUUUUGUUUUUGCAACAUUUGCACCCAGGCCUUUUCUCUAACCCACACGCCGUUGCUGAGCGCAGGAACUGCAUCAAACGGUGGAUGUUUGGCCAUACUGGCCUGUUCUUCACGAGGCUGUUCACAUGGGCUGUGCUCCCAUCACUGCUCCUGUGAAGACUGUAUGUAUACUUGAUCACUGUGUUAAACUGAAGUGCGUUUUCUUCCCUAAAGCCCUCCAA